UAACCGCUGUAGUCUAAAGUUUCAGAAUCUUAUUUGUUAUCGUUAUUGUUUGUUUGUCGUCUGCCUCCUUGUUAAUAUAACAGUUAGUACUGUAGGUAGUUCAAAAAUGGCAUUGGCAGGGAAGACCAUAUUUAUCACUGGUGCCAGUCGAGGAAUAGGUAAAGCCAUAGCAUUGAGGGCUGCAAAAGAUGGUGCCAAUGUUGUUAUAGCUGCUAAAACUACUGCACCUCAUCCAAAAUUACCUGGAACAAUUUACACUGCUGCUCAAGAAGUUGAAGCUGCUGGUGGAAAGUGCUUACCCUGUGUUGUUGAUGUGCGAGAUGAAGAUCAAGUAUUAAAUGCAGUUAAUUCAGCUGUGGAUAAAUUUGGUGGUAUUGAUGUAUUAGUAAACAAUGCAAGUGCGAUUCAUCUCACUGGAACAGUAGAUACUCCUAUGAAACGUUAUGAUUUAAUGCAUGGAAUUAAUACAAGAGGAACAUUUUUGGUUUCUAAAAUGUGUAUACCUCACCUUAAAAAGUCUUCAGUUGCUCAUAUAUUGAACAUCAGUCCACCUCUUCUUAUGGAGCCUCGAUGGUUCAAAAAUCAUGUUGCUUAUACUAUGGCAAAAUAUGGAAUGUCUAUGUGUGUCCUUGGUAUGGCAGCAGAAUUAAAAGACGACAAUAUACGUGUGAAUGCCCUUUGGCCCAGAACAGCAAUUGCUACGGCUGCAAUGGAAAUGUUGGGAGGAAAAGACAUCACCAAAAACUGCAGGAAACCAGAAAUAAUGGCUGAUGCAGCUCAUGCAAUAGUUACUGGUAAUUCUACUGGGAAGUUUUUCAUUGAUGAAAGAGUUUUGGAAGCGCAAGGAGUUACAAACUUUGACCAGUAUGCUGUUGAUCCCACUCAACCACUGUCACCUGACUUCUUUCUCCCUGAUGAAGAAAUAAAAUCUUUCCCUAAUUUUGAAGAAUUUGCUGCACUGUAUGCAAACGAAAAACCUGCUGAAUCUAGCUCAGUGGAUUCUGUUUUCAACAAGAUCAAAGCCACUUUAAAUGAGGAGCUUGUAAGCAAAACAAAUGGCGUCUAUGCAUUUCAGAUUACAGGCCCUUUGAAUGAAAUUUGGUUUGUUGACAUGAAAAAUGGAUCAGGUGGUGUUGGCAAAGGUGAACCUCUAUCUGGUAAAGCUGAUGUAAUAUUUACGAUGGAUUUGGAUUGUUUCAUGAAGUUGUUUGAUGGGUCAUUAAAACCAACUGCUGCCUUCAUGGCUGGAAAAUUAAAAUUAAAGGGUGAUAUGGGAUUAGCAAUGAAGCUUGAAAAGCUUAUGUCAAAAAUGAAAUCUCAUUUGUGAAUUCCUUGGAUAUUGAAAUCUGUUUGUUAUAUUAUAUGGUACAAUUUUAUUUUUAUAUAAUUUUAUAUGAUAAUUGUUUUUAAUAAUGAGUAUUAAAGGAAAAAAGUUCCUGAUUUUGGAGUGAAAUAUGGAUUAAAAAUAAAAUGAUGUAUUUAUUUGA